GAGAGAGAAGAAAAAGGAAACAAUGCUUCUCUCUCUAGCUUCUUUCGAGUUAUCUUCUUCUUCUACGUUACGUAUUUGCAGACUUUGGGAGGUCUAAGAGGUGAGUAGCAUAGCCCAAAGGGAUUGGUUUUGAUGGAGAGACAGCCGUUCGCCAUUGAUCAGGAGGAGGCAGUAGGUGGUGGUAGAUUGAACGGUGAUCAGGCGGGGAGGAACAUCCAUGUCGUUUAUUUCUUGAGCAGGAAAGGGAGGGUUGAACAUCCUCAUCUCAUUCGCAUCCAACCCCCCAUUUCCAGCAAUGGAGUUAGGUUGAAAGAUGUCAAGAAAUGGCUCUCGGACGUGAGGGGGAAGGACAUGCCCAACUCUUUCUCCUGGUCUAAUAAAAGGAGGUACAAGACAGGUUAUAUCUGGCAAGACUUGCACGACGAUGACCUGAUCGCCGCCCUAUCUGAUAACGAGUACGUACUCAAGGGAUCGGAGAUUCCUGCAGCCUCAUCACCUGAGAACACCAUGAUCACACCUAAGGUCUGCCCAUCUGAUAAUGGGCACAGUACUACUCAUGAACAUCCGAGUAUGGAGGUGGGACCGAGCGGGAGCAGAAGAUCAUCCCAGGUCGCCGGAUCAGAUGUAUCGGCAGACGAAAUGAGGUGCGAAUCAUUAGCAAGCAAGAGGCACCAAGACGGCCACGGACACCUGAGCGCCGUCAAUUCCAUGAACAGCGACAACGUGAACCCAUUUGGCAUUGCGUCGAUGGGGAGACAGUCUAGAGCAGCAUCUGCUAGGACCAUCGAUUCGUUAUCAGACUCAUCAACCAUUCAAAACGAUGAUGACGAAGACAAUCAUGAUUCAAUGGUGGUAAUGCAGACAAGCACGCGCCGCUCAAAGGCUCGAUCGACGGAUCAGUCGAGGCAAGAGAAUCAUGAAGAGAUCCUCAUGGAAGAAGGCGGUGCAGAUGGGGAACGGCAGAAAAUAACAGAUCAGAAGGAAGAAGGAAGAGGGCAUGGAUCGGCCGAGGGGAGGGGGAGGAGGACGAAGAGCGGCAGCUCGCGCCGUAGGAGGAAUGGUUGCUCGUCCGGUGGCGCCGCCUCUGGUGCAGCAUAUUCUCGGUUCCUGAAGAACUUGCUCACCUGUCGCGCUGUGGAGACGAAGGACUCCACGGUGACGCAUGCUCAUGGCGGCAGCAAGAUUUCCUCUGCGUGCAGAGAAGAGAAAGACGUGGCCGUCAAUGAGAACAACGUCGCCAGAAUGGAGGUCUCUAGCGCCAAACGCGGCACGUCUGGUAGCUCAACUUGGAACCAAAAUGCCGGCGGCAAUACCUGGAAAAGCGACGAGAGCGCCCGAAAAAAGAGAACGGGGGCCGGCAAGAAUCAGAAGUCUUCCUUCUCAGAAGAUUACCGACCUCGCCCCGAACCAACGUGCUCGCAGUGUGGGAAGAAGUUCAAACCGGAGAAGCUGGGAUCCCACAUGAGGUCCUGUAAAGGUCUGAAGCAAAACAUGUCACAAACUGCUGGCCACAAGCAAGAGACGACGAGCGUUGCAACAAGUGGAGAAGUUCAGAGUGCCGGCAGUUUUGGUCAUCUAGCAAAUCUCGUGGCCAUUGUCAGUUAGUCCCAUCCUUUUUUUUUUCUUUUCUCUGUAUAAGUGAUGAAACCCAAAAAGAUGCAUAUUUAACACUCAAAACCAAGAUGCCUUCAGCAAAAUGGGAUGGAAAGAUCUAGAUCUCUUUAUAAGAUGUUGAUUUAAUGAAUCAUAUGGAUUUACUUGUGGAAGCAA